UCACAUCACGUGGUUGUCCGCACCCGGAAAACGAUAGUAGUGACUGAAAAAAAACGUUGUUAAAGUAAAUAAGCUUAGAAUUAGUGGCAGUUUUGUUGUCUGACGUCGAAACAUUUACAUUUAUUUUGCAUUCUCGCGUUGUUUUACUCGUUCGUUGCGAUGAUACAAGCUUUGAAAGGCGUCAGACACCUGACAUCCAGCACAAUGAAGCAAGCAGUUUCAGAGCUCUCUGUACCGGUGCCAUGGGGAGAGAUCAGAGGGAAGGUGUGGGGUCCUGAUCACGGUCAUCCUGUGCUGUGCCUGCACGGCUGGGCUGACAACUGUGGGUCAUUCAACACUCUCAUUCCUCUUCUACCCAAAGAGUGUCGAUUUGUGGCGGUGGACCUGCCAGGUCACGGCCGCUCAUCUCAUCGCCCCCCUGGGAUUUUGUCCAUGUUUUCUUCAUACUUGAUGGAUGUACGCAGAGUCAUUGACGCGCUGCAGUGGAGCAGAUUCUCCAUCAUAGGCCACAGCAUGGGUGGUAACAUCGGUGGAAUGUUCAGUGCUUUGUAUCCUGACAUGGUGGAUGCCCUCGUACUGCUGGACUCCUACGGAUUUUUACCCACAGAAACGAAAGAAAUCCCCAGGCUGAUGAGGCAGGGGUUAGAUGAGUUGCUUCAGUUUGAGAAAAAGAAGGAAGAGAAGAAGGAACGAGUUUACACUUAUGAGAAGGCAGUAGAGAGGCUGUUGGCUGGAAACCAGUCUCUGUCUGAACAGUCUGCAAAAAUUCUUCUGGAAAGAGGUCUAGUUGAAGUUGAAGGAGGAUUCGUGUUCUCCCGAGACUUUCGUAUUAAUCUGAAAAACGUAGCACGCAUUACUAUGGAGCAGUGUUGGGAGUUCCUGCCCAGGAUACAAGCCUCUGUUCUAGUUAUUCUAGCAGAAAACGGCUUUGAAAAAAUAUUUGCUGAACCGGAACAAAAGCAAUUUACAUCAGCAAUUGUGCAGGCCUAUAGGGACCGAAAUCACACGGUGGUGACUGUUCCCGGCGAUCAUCACGUCCACCUGAAUAAACCUGAAGUCAUCGCUCCAUUCGUGUCGGAUUUCCUGCAGACCAGAGUUGUCUCUGCUCUUGUGCAGACUUCCAAGUUAUAGCAAACACACACAAACAUCAGUUAUUACCCAAGUCAUAGCAACAAGAACAACUUUUGUAUUAAAAAUUGAGUUAAUAUAUUUCUACUUGACUGUUUACGCUCACUUUGGCCUUAAAUCUCAGUCAGACAGAUGUUUUAGCAUCAACCAGUUGCCAUACAUUAUGAAUUAUUAUAAGAAUGUAAAUAGAUACUAAAGGUGUUGAUUUGAGUGACAGUGGCAUCAUGAGCAGUCUAGGCCUGUACAUGUAAUCUGUUUUUGUUGUUCAUCUUGUUUGUGUGCCGCCUCUUGGCCAGGUCGUUAUUGAAAAUGAGAAUCAGGUCUCAACUAACUUACCAGGUUAAAUAAAAAUAAAAUAAAACACAAUAAUUUAAGGACUUAGGCUAAUAAUGCUCACAUUUUUACGCAAAUGUCUGAUAAGAUAAAAUUAAGUAAUUAUGUUUUUUUCCUCAAAAGGUCAAAGGUCAACUUCAUAUUGACAUCAUAUUGUUCUUAGAUUUUUCUUGCUGUUAUUUAACGCCAUAUUUCAGGAACAAUGGAAGAUACUGUGACCAUGUUCCACAUAUGAUCAGAUACUGAAUUGUUGAUGCUAAUCUUGGUCGCCUUGUUCAUUGUACACAUCUAUGCUGCUGGGUUCAAGGAGUGUGUGAAGCAUCCAUAUUUUAGAAUUUGUAGACUCACAAACAGCUUUAUCUAGCCAACAUGAACAAAUACAAUUUUUAUUUCCCAUUAAACUUGCACACUUUUAAGUCAUCACUAGAUCUAGAUUAGAUGAAUCUGGUCAGACAUGGAUGCAAAACUGCAAAUUGACCGAUUGGUGCUGACACACACAACAGUGAGGUGGGAUUCCUUGUUAUUAUUUGAUCUAAGUAAAAAACUUCGUAUGAUGGGAGAGCCUUGAUGUCUCUUUGACUGACAUCCAGUAACUCCUGGAGAAUGAGGUGAAUAACACCAACACUGACUGGGAACAGGCCAAAAUCAGUGGAAAUCAAACAACUUAUUUACAACAUUUAGCAUUAAGUGGAAAGCACAGCUUCACAUGAAAUGAAUUGUGUGAGCAUUUUUUAGAUGAAGCUAUUGUAGCACUAAUCUUAUUUAAAUACUUGUGUAGUUCUCAAUAAAACUUCACUGUAAUCCAUCCUGAAGAACAGAUAGAGCACCCAGCAAUGUCUGGGUCUAUCACCUCGUGCCUUCUGCCUUUGAGGAAUGAUUGAAAUUCAAUGUGGAGGCUGAAGUCCAUUAAUAUUUUAACAGUUGCACAGUUUCUCUGAAGUUUGUGUCCACAUAUUUAAUGUCAAAAUUUAGUGAGGGAAGAAAAGGUUUGUUCCACAGUGAGAGCUGAGGACAGAUCUGAAGACGUAGGAUCUCUCAUUUACAGAAUGUUUAUCACAUGCUGUUAAAUCACAACUUUAAUAAAAUGCUUUUUUAUACAGUACUGCGGUACACACUGUAAUACUCUCAGUAGAGAGUAUUUCUCUCAGUUUUAAAUGAUGACUAAGAUGACAUUUAUCAACCCAAAUGUGUUAAUUCGGCUGCAGUGAGCCUGGUUUCCUGAAUAUUUAUUUCUCUUCUGUUUGUCUGAUUUAAAGUUCAGUCAAAGUGACCGCAGAUUUUACUUUUAGCAAGUUGAAUCUUUGAAGUUAGCUCAACAAAACAUUAACUUGUGUCCUACUUUUGCACAAACCUGUGUCCCACAAGCUUCGUCUCGGCUGAGAGUGUCUCCCAUCAGUCUGUCAGAGACAUGAUGUUGGGGAGUUCUGACCUUGUUUUAAGAUAAAAUUUGACUGCAUUUGUGAGUAAAUUUGGAACUCAUCAUCCUGCAGUUGUGCUGAUUUCCUGUAUUGUGGUUGAAAAUAUGUCAGACAAUCUGAAUUCAGUCCAUCAAUUCUUUUGACUCUCUGAUUAAUUUUAUUAGGAAACAGAUCUCACAUACGCAAUGCCUUAAACUGUUCUUUUGAGCUUUCAUGUCUUGUAUGAUCACAGCCUCCAGAAUUAUUCUUGGUAAAUACUACGGUGGUGGAAGAGGUAUCCAAAUGCUUUAAUUUGGUAAAAAUACAACAGUGUGCAAAUGCGUCAUUAGAAGUAUAAGUUCAACAUGAAUAAUUUUACUCAAGUUAAAGUAGAAAUAUGCAGAAUGUCUAAAUGAAUACUAAUAUUAUUCUGAUUAUGAUCAGUAUCACCUAUCUAAAGAACUGUGUUCAUGUUAACUGAUCAAAGUGCAGCUGAUUUGAUGCUUGGAUUGUAAAAUAAAUAAUUAUUGAUCAUUUAUUGACUCCUAGAAAUCUAAAAAAAGUGUAGUUUUAUUAUUUCAGCCUGCUUUUGAUAAAAAAAAAGUUUCAGGAAUUAUGUUAUAAUGGGGAUAAGAACGCUAAAAGAAUAAAUUUUUGACUCACUAAAUGUCGAAAAUUGCACAAUGAGAUGCAGAUAUUUGUAAAAUAUCCUGCACUCAAAGUGAAUUGGUGGAAAAAUAGAGCAUUUCUCGCUGAAAAAACUAAAUAUGCAAAUUUUGUGCAAUAGUUUGGCAUAAUUUUACAUGAAACAGUCAAUGAUUACAGUCAGUCGCUGUUUUUUAGUUUUUUCUUCAAUAUAUUGAAACAACAUGAUAAAAAAAAUGAAUAAAUUGUGUCAUAAAAGCAGUUUUAUCUUCAAAAUGCAAAUCAACUGAAGGGGAUAAAUACUUGAAACAGCACAGAGGCAUAAAAGGAUCAUCUGAGUAAAUAAAAAUACAGUUUAAUGAAGAGUUCUUUUUUUCAUAGAAUGUGGCUGUAAAUAUAUAAAAUGACUGCAUAUUUAGGUUUUGUUUUAAAAGAAAAGCAUCAAGAAAAUUAAUUCUGUCGUAAUAUUUAAAAAUGAAAAAUGCAAGAUUUUCUGUUGUACUUUCUAUUUUCCCAGUGAUUACACAACAUGAAUGCAUUUUUAGUAUCUAGUGGAGACUAAGUGAAAGGAGCCGAAAAUGGAAAUUAACCUCAAAAUGCACUUGAGCACAGUACUUGAAUAAAUUACUUGUAAUUGGUUGCGUAAUCCCUCUACAGCAGGAGAAUCUGACCUCAGUGAACUAUAAGUUUUGGGGGACGGAGUAUUUUCAUGGGACAAUUUUUAACUUUGCUUGUGGAACAAAGGUGAACAAAAUGUUAAUAAUUUGCAUCGUUUGGCAGCUAGAGGUGGAAAAUACUGGAUUAACCGUCCAAAUAGAAGAGGCAGAUGCAUAUAAACGAGCCCAAGUUUGGUCCCUUUAAAAACAGAUGCAGCCAAAGCAGGUUACAGAUACUUGUUUUUUAAAGGUUCAGCUUUAUUCAUGAAAAGAUUUGUUGGUGUUAAUGCAAACUGCACAGAGCUUUAGACACUGGGCAGUUUGAGUUACGAUAAUGAAAAGAGAUAAGAAAGUGAGAUUGUGGAGAAGUUUUAACAUGACGUCAGGUCUGUCAGGCACUCAGCUGUGUUCAUUAAUGAACCUUUGACUUCUCAUGAAAGCGCCGAAGGCUGAGGAUAUUUUGUAGGUCUGCAGUAGUAAAUAGACGUUACUUUAAAAGUGUAGAUUUUAAACGAUAGAUAACAGAGCAAGCUUUUAAAAUACAGCAUGUUGUUAAAGAUAAAGCCAGUGGUUUCCAUCAUUUUUGGCUUUUUUUUAAAAAAAUCAGUGUGUAGUUGGGGUCUCUUUUUAAAUGGUGAUUUUUUUUUCCCUCUAAACUUCUCACAUGGUCUCAUUUAAGGAAUAGUCAACUGAUCCAAUAUCUCACCAAAAAUCUAAAGAUUGGAGAAAAAGUCCUAAAACUGAAAACAGAUUCAAGUUUCAGUAGUUUAUUUUUCUUUCCUUCUCCCCCAUUUAAUAUGUAAAGAUUCCUCAGAUGUAUCCUGUACAUAAAACCGGAUAUAAACCACAUAAAACAAUAAGAUGUUGCUGACACACUGAAGCCUCACUAUUAAUAAUCUAUCAAUUAUUGGGUCAAUAUAUAAUUGUGAGACUUUUUGUAACAGUUGACAGGUAUCAUAGUUGACAUUUUUGCUGUUUUCAGGCUUAAAAUCAACAUGACCGCCUAAAACCAAACACCACAUGGCAUUUUUAGAGAAAGAUUCUUCUAAAUGUUAUAUACACAAUUGAGUGAAAUUGAAAAUUCUUCAUAAAGAUAUUGUAGUAAACCUGCUGACAUGCGAUAAAUUCACACUUAAGUCACACACUACUUUAUAUUAAAUAACUCAGAAAGCCUUGGAGUCCUUCCAGUCUUUUCUUCAGGAGGAAAUGACAUCAUGUGGAGCAGGUCAUGUGAUCUGGAAUUAACACACUUCCUUGACAGAUGUUUCUGUAACGGGUAACUCAGUUGAAAGUAAUUUCUUUGACACAGACAUAAUUUGUUAUUUUCCAUAUAAAAUUUGAUAUAUUGCCAAAAAGAAAUCUGUCAUGAUUAUCUCAAUAAGAAAACAAUCAAAACAUUUUAUGAAUAAGCUCAUUUUAUUAUUGUUUAGCUAAUUAGAAGGUGGCUGUUAUUAAAUUCUGACGGUUAUUUAGCUGACAUUUUAGUGAUAUCCAGUCAUUUUUUUUUGUUAAUAAAUGAUUGUUUCCAUUAAAAAAAAAUAUGGAAUUUGUAAAGACAUGAACAUUAAAAAAUAUUAGCUUUUUUUUUUUUAACUUUUAAUAAAAAUAUAUACAAGCUAUAUCCCAUGGACUUCAAAAGUCCCUCAAUUAUAUAUUGACCCUAAUAAUCAGUAAAAGGGACCAAACCAGUACUUUUACUUAAAUACUUUAAUCACAAUUUGCUGCUGACUUUUACUCAAGUAGGACUUUUACUUCUGAUUGAGUAUUUUUCAUUGCUGUGUAUGUAUUUUUUAAGCAAAGGAAAGGAUCUGAAUACGUCUUCCACCACUGCAACUCUUUAUGUAGCUCUGAUCUGCAGACUUUAGUUUCUCUGAUUGCAGACACUUUGUGAUCUUUCACAAGGGCUUUUCUUUCUGCAACAUGAGCUGAGAAUCGCUACACUUUGUAAUAAAACCUACAAUAAAAGCAGCUCUGGCAUCUUUCUGCUUCACAGUAAAAUCAAAUAAAGUUCUGUCGUUAA